CGCUUUUCUUUUCUGGCGUGUUCGGGGCCGCGCAGCCGCGACGUUCUCCUCCCGCUGUCUAGUCGACGUUUGUCGCGCCGGCGACGCGUUCUAUCCCCGAGGCCGCGCCAGUGAUGCCCGUGCAGGCAUUCGCGUCCUGCGAGCGACGCGGCUGAAGCGCCGGCCGCUGAACGACCGCGAUGCGUUGUUCUCCGCGCGAGCAGACGACGGUGAUGCCGGCGGCCUGUCGGACGCUGAUGGGACGACGAGGUUCGCGCUGCCAUGACCGCUGGCCUCUGGUGUCGUAGUGCAGCGUCGGGGCCGACGUGCCACGAUGCCCCUGGACCGGUCACCGUCCCGCCGCGGCGGCAGCGUGGUGCGGCGGCAGCGAAGGCUGGCCGCGUCGCCGCCGGCAUCCGAAGGAAACAAGUGCCGCUCGUGCUGCCGCAAGUUCGCCGCGUUCCUCUUCUCGCACGUGGGUCUGUGCGCGCUCGUGGUCGGCUACAGUGUGCUCGGUGCGUUCGCCUUCCGCGCCCUCGAAGGGCCCUACGAGGUGCGCAAGGCGAGCCAGGUGCGCGCCCUGCGCGAGCAGACCGUCAGCCGGCUGUGGGACGUGACGGCGGCGCUUAACGUGCUCUACAAGGACAACUGGACCGCGGCCGUCAACGAGCACAUCCGCGAAUUUCAGCUCAGGCUGGUGGCCGCCGUAAAGGACGGCUACGACGGCAAGGAGUCUGGCCGCGAGCAGCAGUGGUCUUUCUCCGGGGCUUUCCUCUACUCGCUCACCGUCAUCACCACCAUCGGCUACGGGAACAUCGCUCCCAAGACCAACUGGGGCAAGAUUGUGACCAUCCUGUACGCCAUUGUGGGCAUCCCUCUGAUGCUUCUGUACCUGACCAACAUCGGCGACAUCCUGGCCAAGGCGUUCAAGUACGUGUACCGGCGCCUGUGCAGCUGCGACCACCGCGGGGGCGACUCGUCCAGCCGCCGUGCACAGGCGGCCUCGUACUACGGGUCCUCGACUAGGAGGGCUGCGGGCGCCCACUGCCGCGUCAACCAUAUCGCACUCGAGGACGGUCUGCUCGCGGGAGAGGCCAUCAAUGGAUUCGCCGCCGCGGACCGCAUCGGACAAGACGCCAAGCUGGACGCAUACGUGGACCCGUUUCUAGACGACUUGGAGCGGCCGCGAGUGACGGUGCCCAUCCUGCUAUGCAUGACCAUCAUUGGCGGCUACAUCUGUGGCGGUGCAGUGCUCUUCUCCGUGUGGGAAGAGUGGAACUACCUGGACGGCUCGUACUUCUGCUUCGUCACGCUGAGCACCAUCGGCUUCGGCGACCUGGUGCCAGGGGACACGGUCGUCUCGGACAGCGGCUCCCAAGAAAAGCUUGUCAUCUGCUCGCUGUACCUGCUCGGACUGGCGCUGAUCGCCAUGUGCUUCAACCUAGUGCAGGAAGUGGUGCACAAACUGCGUGCCCUGGGCCGCCGCCUGGGCGUGGUCAGCGACUCGGACGCCGAUUCAGACUCGGAAUGA